AUGAUUUCAAACCUGUUGAAGGAGGAAACUGUGCCUCCUGGUUAUGAUCCUGAACAAGAUGUCGUCAACAAACCUAAAUCCAAAUCGGCUAAGACAAAUGAACGAAAGAAGGAGAAGCGCUUGCAGGGUAAAAAUAAAGUUUCAUCUACUGGAGACGAAGAACAAGCAUUGGAAUCCAUUGAGUCGAGUGCGUCCCACAUAAACGAGAUCACGAUUUCUGGAAAGCCAUGUGUUGCUACUACUACUCCCUCAAAUUCAUUGGAAUCACCAUGUUUUCUUCAUCAGACUCAGACUGAUGAAGAAACUGAUGAAAUCGGUGAGUUUGAGUCAAAUUGUAGAAAUAUUGAGAAACGACAAGCAUCCAAGGAAGAUUUUCCAAGUGCACCUCCAUUUUCAGGUUCAUUUGGGGAAAUCAAGCAAGAGAAGGAACAUUCUCCCCUUCCUAAAGCUAAUUAUAUGUCAUCUACAACUGACUCGGUUGACUUUUUAGCUAAGUCAACUGUAGAGAAAAAGACUCUUGUUGUAGAUUUGAAAGCAAUUAAUAAACAGGAGACCUCAAACCCAUCUAGGAAUGUUGGUGUCAAAACUAGUUCUCAUAUUACUCUAUCAGGCAAGGAAAUUGCUGCCAACUGGCAGGAGAAAUGCAUUUACCUUGGUAUAAUGUCCACAAUACUUGGAGCAGGAUCUUUUGUGGUGCAUAGCCUCUCAGCAUUUCUGAAUUCAUUUCUCCAAAACUUUGGGAUAAGCCAAGAAGUCCAGAACCCAAGCACGAAAGACACCCCUUUGGCAAUGGCUGCAGUUGGGUCUUGUUUGGGUGUAUACUACAUGAUCACGAAUAUUAGGAACAAUUUUGUUAGCCCUAAAGUUGCUUAUGAAACAGCAACUGCUUUGCAGCUGGAUGAUAAAGGGGUCAAAAUAAGGUUAAUUAGCAUAUUCUGUGAGUUGUUCCAUUUGGGUGUCAACUCACACCUACAUUCCUUCGAUCUUCAAUUGGGGGUUUCCGCGUUCGAUUUGAAGUUCUUGAUUCUGUCAGAAGAAGCCACAAUCAAGAUCAUGUUUAAUGCUUUCUGA